AUGGCGGCAUCCGAUUCAGACGACGACGAUUCGUUUGUAGUUAUCGGAACUGCUUUUGACAUUCCAGACAAAGAUGAACCAAGACGAAAGAAAAUUCAGGUUGAAGAUUUACCUGCAAAAGACAGCCGAGGGAGGACUCGAUUUCAUGGAGCUUUCACUGGGGGGUUUUCAGCUGGCUAUUUUAACACUGCUGGCUCUAAGGAAGGAUGGACCCCUUCCACGUUCUCGUCGUCAAAGUCACAGAGGGCAGAGAGUUCCAGGCAGCGCCCAGAAGAUUAUAUGGAUGAGGAGGACUUGGGUGAACAUGGUAUAGCUCCACGAACUUUCACGACCACUGACAGUUUUGUUUCUACGGACGCGUCCCGGAAACGGGUGAUUGCAGGUUCAAGUCGCCCCUCUGUGAUCCCUGGUGAUUGGCUAUUGACUGAGCUCAUCGUACCUGACGUAACCCCAAUUGGAGUGCGACUGCUGAGGAAGAUGGGGUGGAGAGAUGGCCAGGGAAUAGGUCCUCGUCAGAAGAAAAAGAUAAAACAGAAAGACACCGGUGCUAAGGUGUAUGGGUGCGCUCUUCCUCCGUCAGGCAGUGACUCUGAGUUAUCUGAGAGUGGAGCAGACUAUGUGAAGAAUUUGACCUUUGCCCCCAAAGACACCACUCCCAUAGAUUUCACUCCCAAAGACAACUAUCAUGGGAUUGGCUACUCUGGUCUUAACCCUAAAGCAGCCCUCCAAUCAGGACACUUGAAUUUAUUUGAAACAGAGGCAAAGCUGACCAGAAGCGGCAAGAGAGGCAUCAAAGGGCAGGCAUUUGGUGUUGGAGCUUUGGAAGAAGAUGAUGACGAUGUGUACACUGUAGAUCACCUCUCUAACUAUCACCAGACUUUGGGAGGUGAUGAAGAGGAUGACCGAUUUGGUUGGACUGCUCCUAAAGGGAGACAACUCGCCCUUCCUGGACAUAAUGUGUCGAACAUUUCACGAAUCCUGGAAGGUUUUCAGCUAUCCUCAAAGCAGCUUGUACCCAAUAAGGUGUUCCCACCCCCUCGCAUACCUCCCAACUAUAGACCCAUCCACAUUGAGAGACAGCCACUGGUUCCUUCAACGUCUGUGCCAACACCAGUUCCAGAUAGGAAGAGUCUAAACUCAUUGUCCAGGGGGUUGUUAUUAGGAGAAGUACCUCUCAUGGCUGUGAAAGCUCCUCCACAACAUGAACAACAACAAAAGGGUACUCCUAUAGCUGAGAAAGUGUCCAGAUUUUCCAGAGCCACUGAGGACAAGCCUGCCAACCUUGCUGCGUCAUCAUCAACAUCAUCAGAAAAUCCACCCAUAAAACAGACUCCUGCAGCCACAUCCUCUCAGUACAAGCCAUUCAGUAAAGAUCCAGCCAAACAGACGAGAUACGAUCAGUACCAGGCACUGCUGAAGUUGGGAGUGAAAGACCCGUACAGUAAGCUGUCAGUUGGCGAGCUGACAGAGUGGGAGAAGGACCAUGAACGCGAGGAGUUCACACGAGCCGCCUCGCUGUACAAGCCCCUGUCUGCCAUGAUGGCGUCCAGGUUCACCACAGCAAAGUACCAGGAUGAUCUGGAACAUGUGACCAUCUCAGGCAAGGAGGAGGUUGAGAAGAGCGAUGACGUGAAGGCAGCUGAGAUGAAGAUGUUUGGGAAGCUGACACGGGAGGUGUUGGAGUGGCACCCUGACAAGGUGCUCUGUAAGCGGUUCAACAUCCCUGAUCCAUAUCCAGAUUCGCAGAUUGUGGGUUUACCAGGAUCCAAGAGAGACAAGUUUUCUGUGUUUAACUUCCUGAACUUUCCAAGUGCACCACCUGAUCCUCCCCAGGCAGAAUCGACUGCUCCAAAAACCAGCCAGCCCCUGUCCAUUGAGUUUAACAAAGUUCCAAAGAAGCCUGGAGCGAAAGGUAAAAAACUUACAACAGCCAACAUUUUUGCUGCAUACUUUGAAGAAGAGGAUCGAAAGCUCAAGUCCGGCAUUCCAGGUCGAGACGAAUCCAAGUCAGUUGCCGAUAAAUCCUCAGAUGGAGGGGGAGAGGAUUCUAAGAAAAAAGCAGGAUUAGUGGAUACAUCAACUACUGCUAGCACAGGAGGGUCCAUUCAGAUAGAGAUCAAUAAGAGUUCUGAUUCAGAGAGACCCCCCAUGGACGUAUUCAAGGCCAUAUUCCAGGAUUCUGACUCUGAGAGCUCUUCUGAUGAGAAGGGAGGAAACGAUAGACAGGUGAAAAUGGAUGUGGAUGAAAGUGUUCCACAAAAAGCUGAAGUGACUUCUGUAGCAGAACCUAAAGAUGGUACAGUUAACCCUGGUGACACAGUACCUGGUCCCCCAUCUGCAGGGGACCUCAGAACCCCUAGCUUAGUAGAGAGGUUGUCCCCGCAGGUAGAAGCCCCCUCCUCAGAAGCUGACCUGUUUGGGCCAUGUCUUCCACCUCAGCAUACCCUUGGUCUAUCUUCACAUCAAACCAGUACAGAGUCAUCCAGUAACAGACACCAUCCUGAAGAUGUGAGGUUUCAUGAGAAGCCAGUGAAAAGUCACAGAAAGCAUAGGUCCAAAGACAGAGAGAAAUACAGUCAUAGACACAAAAAGAAGAAAACAAAAAAUAAAAAGAGCAAACACAAAAAGGAUAAGAAGAAGAAUUCUAAGCGGCGUAAGUCCUCAUCGGGGUACGAAGCCAGUACUAGUGACAGUGAAGCGGAGUCCAGUGAUGGGGAGGUGCCGUCUGAUAGCCAAAUAUUACACAGAUUGAAACAAUUGGAUGGGAAGGGUCGUCUCAAGGCUGCCGAUUUUAUGUGAUAUUACCUUUAAAGGCAAAGAAAACACUAAAAUGAAGUUGUAUCAGAUGAAAGAACAUUAAAAAGUGUCCAGGAAA